UGGCUCUCUGCAAGGGCAAUCGGGAGAGGCAGAUCUCAACCAGCUGGGGAAACCUUAUUUCUAUGGUUCUUAGGAGUCAUCCCUUCCCCAGGCAAGAGAGGCCCCAAGGGAGAGCCUCAAGGGCAGCUCUGGAGAGCCUUAGAGAUCCUGGCACUUCCACACCCUCUAAGAACAGAGAGUCUGAUUCUCCUCCUGAGGGGUCUGUCCCCAGCCUUGAGGACAGGCAAGGCUACUCAGCCAGGAUGGUCACAGGGGCAGGCACAGGGAGCCUGGCUGAGCCUGGACGUCAGCCACAGCAGAGAAGCUCCGAGAUGAUUGGGGCUCCUGCCCCCAGCCCUCCCUCAGGCCCAGGAGGAGAUGGAAGCGUGGAGAAAGGUCUGGACUCCCUGCUGCCAGCCGCAAUGCCCAGGACCCCCUCAUGGUCCCCUGAGCAGACGCAGCCUGGCCCCGCACCCUCCCCUGCUGCAAGGCGGCACUCACAGCCUGUCUCCCAGCCAUGGAAACGCAGCAUGUGUGAAAUAGCCAAGAGCUCUGAGCCGGAGAUCAGCCAGGUGGCCCCAGAGCAGCGCCAGGGAGAGGCACCAGGGGAGAGGCCCAGCCCUGCAGGCGGCAGAGGGGGUCUCACAGAGAAGCAGAAAGAGGCCCGCAAACUCAUGGUGUUUCUGCAGAGCCCUGGGAGCUGGGGGGUGGUGGAGGGGCCCUGGAAGCCCAGCUCCCGUGACUGCAAGCCGGCUUUGGCAGCAGCUCUGCAGCGGCGGCUGGACCUGGGCAGCUGCCUGGAUGUCCUGGCCUUUGCCCAGCAGCAUGGGGAGCCUGGCCUGGCCCAGGACACCUAUGCCUUGAUGAGUGACAAUCUGCUGCAUGUGCUGGGAGACCCAAACCUCUACCGGCAGCUGAGUGGGUCUCAACGGGAGCGCAUCCUGAGCCUUCGUACUGGCCGGGGCCAGGCAGUGCUGGGGGUCCUUGUGCUGCCCAGCCUCUACCAGCUGAGCUGCUCGGGGAUCACAAGGGGCCCUGGUGUGGAGCAGGCUCCUGAGGCCAGGCCUGCUCCCCUGCCUCCUCGCACGUACCUGCACGUGUUCAACCCCCAAGAGAACACGUGGCGGCGCCUGACCCAGGUGCCUGAGGAGGCCCCGCUGAGGGGCUGUGGUCUCUGCACCAUGCACAACUAUCUGUUCCUGGCAGGGGGCGUCCGUGGCUCCGGCGCCAAAGCUGUCUGCUCCAAUGAGGUCUUCUGCUACAACCCUCUGACCGACAUCUGGAGCCAGGUGCGGCCCAUGCAGCAGGCCCGUGCCCAGCUCAAACUGGUGGCCCUGGAUGGGCUGCUCUAUGCCAUCGGGGGCGAGUGCCUAUACAGCAUGGAGUGCUAUGACCCACGCACAGACGCCUGGACCUCACGUGCGCCCCUCCCUGCAGGCACCUUCCCUGUGGCACACGAGGCUGUGGCCUGCCGUGGGGACAUCUAUGUCACUGGGGGCCACCUCUUCUACCGCUUGCUCAGGUACAGCCCUGUGAAGGACAUGUGGGAUGAGUGCCCCUACAGUGCCAGCCACCGGCGUUCCAGCGACAUGGUGGCGCUGGGGGGCUUCCUGUACCGCUUUGACCUGCUGCGGGGCGUGGGUGCUGCGGUGAUGCGCUACAACACUGUGACAGGCUCCUGGAGCCGAGCCGCCUCCCUGCCCCUGCCCGACCCCGCCCCCCUCCGCUGCACGGUUCUGGGCAACACCAUUUACUGCCUCAACCAUCAGGUCACAGCCACCUUCAUGGUCUCCGAGGCGACUGCCCAGUUCCAGGCCAAGGAGCUGCAGCCUUUUCCCCUGGGGAGUAAGGGGAUCCUCUGUCCAUUCAUCCUGACUGUGUCCCCCGCGGACCCACUGCAGACUGCCCUCUGAGCAGCUGCUGGAGCACCAGGAGAGCCGCUGCUUUCCAGGGAGACCCUGGGGCU